GGCCGUCUUCCCUCGCCUCUAACCCUGUCGCCCCAGUGACGUCACGGGUCGCGGCGGCUCUCAUUGGUCCAUUUCAAUAGUCGCGGGCUACUUGAACUGCAAGAGCAGCCACGGCACCGGCGGGCUGCUAGCUACUUCUCUGGGCGUCCUGACCCCUUCGUGCCCGGCUGUGCCUACCUCCAUACUUGGCGACCUCCUCGAUCCAGCACGGGCCCGAGCCGGGUGAGCGGUCGGCGGCAGGCUGGCUCGGGGUGUAGUGGCGGCGCGGGCUGGAGGGUACCUCGGCGAGGUCGACGUGACCAGUCGCGGGGCGGAGUGAACGCUGCUUGGUGCCGCAGGCUGAUCCGGCCGCCCGCCCCCGGGAGCAGCGAUGUUGGGCAGCUCCGCGCCGAGGCCUGCGGCCCGCGAGGCGGGCUCGGCGCUGCUAACACUGCAGCAGGCGGCCCCCCAGGAGGACCAAGAGAACAUCAACCCGGAGAAGGCGGCGCUUGCCCAGCAGCCGCGGGCUCAGGCCGGCCUGGCGGUGCUGAAGGCCGGGAAUCCGCGGAGUUCCGCGCCGCAGCAAAGACUCAAGACGCGGCGGGUUGCACCUCUUAAAGAUCUUCCUGUCAAUGAUGAGAACGUUGCUACUCUACCACCUUGGAAAGCAAACAGUAAACAGCCUGCAUUCACCAUUCAUGUGGAUGAAGCAGAAGAUGACACUCGGAAGAGGCCAUCUGAAUCUAAAAAACCAGAGUGCGAAGAUGUCCUGGCUUUUAAUACAGCUGUUGCUUUACCGGGACCAAGAAAACCACUGGUACCUCUUGAUUAUCCAAUGGACGGUAGUUUUGAUUCACCACAUAUUAUGGACAUGUCGAUUGUAUUAGAAGAGGAAAAGCCAGUGAGUGUUAAUGAAGUACCAGACUACCAUGAGGAUAUUCACACGUACCUUAGGGAGAUGGAGGUGAAAUGUAAACCUAAAGUGGGUUACAUGAAGAAACAGCCAGACAUCACUAACAGUAUGAGGGCUGUCCUUGUGGACUGGUUAGUUGAAGUGGGAGAGGAAUAUAAACUGCAGAAUGAGACCCUGCAUUUGGCUGUGAACUACAUUGAUAGGUUCCUCUCUUCAAUGUCUGUGCUGAGAGGAAAGCUUCAGCUUGUGGGCACUGCUGCUAUGCUGCUAGCCUCAAAGUUUGAAGAAAUAUACCCCCCAGAAGUAGCAGAGUUUGUGUACAUUACAGAUGAUACUUAUACGAAGAAACAAGUUCUGAGAAUGGAACAUCUAGUUCUCAAAGUCCUUGCUUUUGACUUAGCUGCACCAACAGUGAAUCAAUUUCUUACCCAAUACUUUCUGCAUCACCAGCCUGCAAACUGCAAAGUUGAAAGCUUAGCAAUGUUUUUGGGAGAAUUAAGUUUGAUUGAUGCUGACCCAUACCUAAAGUAUUUGCCAUCAGUUAUCGCUGGAGCAGCCUUUCAUUUAGCACUCUACACAGUCAUAGGACAAAGCUGGCCUGAAUCUUUAGUUCGAAAGACUGGAUAUACCCUGGAAAGUCUUAAGCCUUGUCUUAUGGACCUUCACCAGACCUACCUCAAAGCACCACAGCAUGCACAACAGUCGAUAAGAGAAAAGUACAAAAAUUCAAAGUAUCAUGGUGUUUCACUCCUCAAUCCCCCAGAGACACUAAAUGUGUGACAGUGAAAGACUGCCCUCAUUCAGUCACUUGGAGCACAUGGUGUACAGUUUUUACCUUAGGUUUUAAUUGCACAAUCAUUCUGAAUACAGAAGUUAUGGCCAAGGACAAGUUAUGGUAUCUAUUCCUUUUUAAAUGGUUUUAAUUUGUAUAUCUUUUGUACAUGUAUCUACCUUAGAUAUCUGGCUAAUUUUAAGUGGUUUUGUUAAAGUAUUAACGAUGCCAGCUGUCAGGACAAGAAUUAAUAAACUGAUUGGAAAUCUUGAUUUCUGUAAGUCAAAUUUACUUUGUGAUGAAACUAUGACCAUGAUGUCCUUUAGAAAAGUUAACUUGGCUUACAAUUUAUUGUACAAUGGAAAAUGUCAUUUGAAACCUGUUAAGGUUUUGAGGUUACACAUGGGUUGGAAAGUUUUGUGAAAAUUAACAGACAAAAAAUUUCCCAGAAGGUUCAUUUUAAAGUGUAUUUUAAAACCCCAAAAGACUCACUAUAGAAUUGUGAAUAAAAAGUAUCCAGUCAUUGUUAGCAAUGAAUAAAUAUCCUUUUAAUAGUUAUAUAUAUAUAUAUACAAACAUACAACUAUGUUAGCUUUAGUUAGUAGCUCUCUUCUUUUUUCUCUUUUUCAUUGGCUUUUUACUUGGUGCUUUUUCUUGUUUUGCACUGGUGGUCUGCGUUCUGUGAAUAAAGUAAAUUAACAGUUCACUAACUAUGUUUGUUAAAUGUUGGAUCACUGAAAUAGGUCUUCUUUAUAUGAUAUACAAUGUGGCAGCUAUAAGAAUAAAAUACAGUAACUUUGAAAGACAUCCUACUUUAUCGAAUUAUGCACUAAUUUUUGUAAAUCAUAGGGUGAAGAAACCAGAGAAAGAAUAGUUGAAUAUGUAGUGAAAAAGGGACGUCUUUCUAUUGUAGAAUAAGAGAGUAAAACCAUUGGGUAAAUCUCUAAAGUUCCAAGCAUGUGUAUAUAUUUGAAAUAAACCAGAAAUGUGUUACCUUA